AGAGGUUUAAAACUGAUAACAGUUGCGAGCUGAGCUCUGUACAGCUCAAUGUCUCUGUAGAAAUAACUCAGGACCGCAUCAGCCUCUGUCAUCCCAUUUUAUUGACUUUUUCAUUAAUGUCAAUACAUUUUUACGAUGGCAGUUUUUGAAGAAAGCCUUAAGAUGUUUGUCUCCGCUCUGCUGAUUCUCGCCAGUUGGGGAUCGUUCGGCCCCGUUUCAGGGUCUCCCGCUGAGAAGGAAGCGUACAGGGCUGUGCUCAGCAUCGUAGCUCCAGGACAGCAGCAUCUGAACAGGGAGUCCCUCGGAUCCGUCUUUAAUACGCUGGAGAAACGUGUGCAGUGUGGUGAAGUGUCGUGUGAAAAGUGUGAUCUAACGGAGGCGUUUCACCAGCUGACAGAGGAUCACUCCACUCAUACAGAGGAGCAAACUGGCAGUAAAAGCGCAAACGUCAGUGCGUCUCAGUUCACCGCUCUCGCCGCUGGAUGCGUCCUCUACCUCUCAUCUCCUGGCCUGGUCUGCACCGCAGCGAGACAGGGGACAUGGGGACAGGAGGUCCAACAUUUCCUACAUAAAAUAGCACAUGAGGAUCACCGUGAGCGGCCGCAUGAAGAGAGCGAGCAGCACCAGGACCAUGAGCACGUGCACAUUGGUGUUCAUGGGUUGAAGGUCCUGCUUCAAGAGCUUCAAGACCACUAUGAGCCUUCACACAGAGAGAGCUGCGUAACAGCAAGUGACCUCACGACGGAGGUGGAUGCAUCAUCAGCAGACCAGGAAGUGGGUCCAGUUUUGGGCCGCAUCCUGUAUCACGCCCUGCGAGGUCACUGCUUCAUUAGCACCGCCGUCCGCCACGCAUCCCUACCUGAGGAGAGCUUCUUCCUGGACUUCAUCAUGGAGCGUCUGGGGUCGACUAACUUCACUGUCUGGGAUUUGGAGGCUCUCAUGACAAGUCUGCAUAUCGGACCCGACCACGAACACCAUGUGGACGAACACGCUGAUCACGAUCACAGUGGUUUAAGGCGGAGGAGGAGGGGCGGCCCCGAACAUCACGAGAGGAGUGGAGGAAACGCCACCUGGGACCAGUUCUGCGCCUCAGGUGAGGAACUGCUACUGAUCUACGGUCUGGCGGACAACAGCUCGGUCUCCUCUGGCCUGAGUCGGACAGACUUUGCUCGGCUCAGCCCUGCACUCGUACAGCAGAUCCUGAGCGGAGCGUGCGCAGGCGUCACAGAACCGCCGACACCGGAUGGGCUCACCGAGACAGAGAAAUACAUCUAUGCCACCAUUGCCAAUGUGUUGAUAACCCUCACAUCCAUGUUUGGCAUUGUAGUGCUGCUGUGUACCUCUUGCACCAGUGUGUUCCAGAAUUGUAUCCAGUUCUGCAUCAGCCUGGCUGUAGGUUCACUGACUGGAGAUGCCUUACUGCACCUGGUACCCAUGUUUUUAGAUUUGCAUGUGCACUCAGACAAAACGGACAGCCACAAUCACUCGCUUGAUGCUGCACACGAAGAAACUCCAGACUACAUUUACAAGAUGUUGGUACUGAUUGGCGGUAUCUACUUAUUUUAUCUGAUGGAAACAAUCUUCUCUCUGGUUGCAUACAAAGAUAAUCACCAUCAUCAACAUCAUCAUGGGGAAGAAUCCGAGCCUCACCACUGUGACCAUGGGAGGGUUUUAGAGAUGUAUGGACAGGAGAGGAAACAAAAAGACAAGUCACAUUCAGCCUCAAAAGCAGACCUGGUUAGUGAUUACGACGAUGAGAAAUCUCUUUCAGAGCCAAAAGAGUUCACGAAAGAGCAGCGCCUGCUGCCUUACAUGAUAACAAUCGGAGACGGCAUCCACAACUUUGCAGACGGCUUAGCGAUGGGCGCAGCUUUCUCCCUGUCGUGGAAGUCUGGUCUGGCCACAUCAAUAGCCGUCCUCUGCCAUGAACUACCACACGAACUGGGCGAUUUUGCCAUUCUGCUCAACAGCGGCUUGUCGGUGCGCAAGGCGCUGCUCCUGAACGUGGGCAGUGCCAUGACCUCCUUCGUCGGCCUGUACAUCGCUCUGUCCGUCGCCACGGACCUCGCCACCAAACAGUGGAUAGCUGCCGUUUCCGCGGGACUCUUCCUGUACAUCGGACUAGCUGACAUGCUCCCCACCAUGGUCCACAUCAGAAACAAGAAACCCUGGCUGGUGUUUCUGCUGCAGAACCUCGGCCUUCUGACCGGGUGGGGUGUUUUGUUGCUGCUGUCCCUCUACGAAGAGAGGAUCAGCUUUUAAAAACAGAGGCGUCAGUCUAAAUUGCUUAAUCUGACUCGUGAUGUUGUCUAUGAAGAUUGUGGAAUCUUUGAACUCUCACAGUAACAUUACUGGACGUUUAUGGGCAUUCGUCAUGAAUGACCCUGGUGAGAGCCCCUCUGUCACAUAACUUAUCCACUCUGAUAAAUUAAACACAAAUAUGUGUCAGCUUUUAAUAACAGAGGCGUCAGUCUAAAUUGCUUAAUCUGACUCGUGAUGUUGUCUAUGAAGAUUGUGGAAUCUUUGAACGCUCACAGUGACCUUACUGGGCGUUUAUGGGCAUUCGUCACGAAUGACCCUGGUGAGAGCCCGUCUGUCACAUAACUUAUCCACUCUGAUAAAUUAAACACAAAUAUGUGCCACCCAAAACCACUGAGCUGAUAUUAAAGUCCUCUGACAUUCUCCUGCACACUGUAAAUAAUACAAUUUGGCAAAAGGAAGGAUUCCAUGCAGAACCUCUGUGGUGGACCGCAGCAGAGGUCUUAUAAAACUAGAAUCUCAUUGUACAAAUCAGAGUUUUUCAAAAAUAAAACAUUAAUCAUUCAUGUUUUGGUUAAAGCAAAUAUGAAAAAAAUUGGUUCUGAUUCUCCGUUGGGUUUUUGUCAGCAUUAAUAAAAUGCAAAAAUGACAAUACAUUUCUUAAUACAAGUAUUGUUCUCUUCUCGAGUCUAUAAGAGUGUUUACAUCCAAUACUUGUAAUACACCUUUGUACAGUUAUUUGUUAUGCUUUUAAUUAAAAGUGCUGAUAAGAAAAAUACUUUUUUUUUGGUGAAUUAAUUUUAAAAAGAAGCUAAACGCAUGUUUGAGUUUAUAGCAUUGAAAAUUGCACUGCACAAAUGUUGAAGGUACAGUUAAUAUAAAAGUAUGUGUUAAUAUAUGUUGGCUUGAAAUAAACAUGUUAGUCUACCUAGUUUGGAAAAUUGAAAGCAUUUUCAAAACCUAUUAAUGUGGAUUUGUGGAUGAAUUUAACAGUGGGUAUUUGUUUCAAUGUGAUCACUAAUCAGCAGUUCAGCCUAAAGACUGAUUUGCUGAAUGUACCAUAGUUCCUUAAUCCUCAUGUGAAUAAAGCGAGAAGCAGUGGAAGCAG